CUGUGGCAAAUCAGAAGCAGAACUAAUUAUGCAUGUGUAUUUCAUUAUACCCUUGGGCUGGCUUAUUCCUAAUCUUUAGAGUCUGCUCAUCCUCCUUGAUGUGGGAGGCACACAUAGGACCUGUUGAUCCAUUAAAAGUGAACCUUAAAGGUAAUAUUGGGAAGCACUUCUAGAGCUAAUAUUAAUAUAACCAAUGCUGCACUGCAGGCAAGGCAGUCAUCUGUUGGAAAUGGGUCACUGAGGCUAAACAAAUUCAUGCUGUCUGAGGCUCUGACCCAUAUGUAGAUUUCAAACCAAGUGAACAAAUUGUGAGGGUGCUGUUUUUGGAUUUACUUUGAAUUCGAAACGAUGACACAGUCUCAGUUCUUAGUCAGUCAGACUUCUAGUAGCAGUGGAUUUUUCUUAUAGGACUUGGGAGAAUGACUCAAGGUUGAAAACUGGGACAAACAAGUUUAUUUUUUUUUCUGUCAAGCAGCAUCUGCAGCCUUAAACAAAUUAUCUAUUUGUUUGUUAUUUUUAAAACUAGCCUGGAAAUGAAAGACAGCUGCCUGCUUCUGUUUUCCUGCUUGAAUUUAUUCUCCAACCUAGACCCACGAGAUUGGCAAAAUUUCCGUUUGGAUUCAAGAGGAGUUGCUGUUUAGGAAGAGUGGCUGGUGGUGGGAGCAAGGCUGCUUCUUACUCCUAUCAAGGCUAAUGCUGCAGCCCUGGAGGCGACUGGCAGGAAUUUCAUCUUCUUUUUCUAUAGUAGCUAAUGUUAGAAGGCUAUAUAGCUUCCUUGCCCAGCAGAGAGGAGAAGGAAAGGGAGGGACAGAGACGCUGCAACUUCUUGUGGCACCUACAGUGUUGAGUUUUCAGUGGUGAUAGAUAGCCCUCGUGGCUGCACUUGGUGACUGUGUUUACGUGCAUCCUCCUCACUACAUCAGCUUCCCCUAAGAUUUAUUCUAACUUGCUGAACCAUCUGAGCAGCUUUCAACUGCUGCCUUUUUUUCUUUUUCAAAUUGAAAAGAAAAAAAAAACCGACUUGAUUAACUCCUUCCUACCCCUCCCACCUUUCUCUAAGUGUGGAAUUUCCCUCCCACGGUGACAUGUAGCUAAAGGGCAGGAUCAGCAGCAUUCAGAGCAGUACCAGGGAUGUUAGAGGCUUGUGGACUGCAAAGCAGAGAACUAGAAACUGGAGAAGCUUCCCAAGCUGCUCUUGGAAAGGGUGUUUAUGGCUCCAUGUAUGGAGACCUACCUGACAACUACAUUAUUGGUAUUACUGUUAAGUACUGGGAGAUGUUAGGAGAGACAAGAUGACUGUGGGCAAGGCAUUGCUGGGCAGAUGCAUCCUUUCCAAAACUGCUGUGCCUGUGCAAGGGAAAGAUGUUUGGCCCUGCCACUCCAUGUCCUCUCUCCAGGUACAGAGUGAGCCCUGCGCAGCUGUCCAGCUGGCACAAGCACUGAAAGGAGUGUGAGGCUUUUGAAUAGCUGGUGAAUGGUACAAGAUAAGGGGAACCUCACAAGGAGCUAAGCCUAAUCUAAAGCUCUCCCUCCAGAGCAAGCCCUCCGCAGGUCCCUGCAUGUUCCCUGGGGGGCCGCCUGCCCUCUAUGGUGCUCCCACGAGUCUGCGGUGGCGGGGACUGACAGAGACGGAGGAGCAGGCUGCAUGUCAGCACUCUGUUCUGCACUGAGCAUGGCUGUGCUGUCAGUGAGUGUGACUGGGUUAAUGGAGUAUGUCAGGGGACUGAGGGCAGGGUUUGGUGGUGAGCUACUGACUUGUCAGGCCUGGGGAAGUGGUAUGUAACAGCUCAGCUUCUCACACAGAAUGAGCUCUGGCUUGAGGCUGUGGUUUUUAUGUUUAUGCAUAUAUAUAUAAAUAUAUACAUACACACAUGCAGAAUAUGUAUUUUUUUGAAAUACUUGAAAUGACUUGGAUGGCUGAUGCCAACACUGGGUUCAGGAAUUUGCAUUUCUGAAAACAGCCUUGUGAUAACGUGGGAUGCAGGAGAUGAGCAGGGCCAUGACAGUAAGGGAGGGUACUUUGAAUGCCGGAUGUGAGUGGAGGAUGGCGACUAGGAGAGGAAAGCGUUGUCUGCUGAUUGGGGGAGACUCCUCUGGCAGAAACAAAAGAUAAGAGACUGGAAGGGCCUGAGCAGAACCAUUCCUGGGACAUCAGCAGUGUCUGGUAUCGGUGUUAAAUGGUCUCAUUCGUGGCACUCCCAGCCCUGAAGUUGAUGGUGUAACGUUUCUUGAAGGGGUCUUGAUCCAAAGCCUUUGCUUUCUCCUGACUCAGUGAAACAGGCUGGAUGCAAAGGAGGAAGCAUGGUAAAGGCAGCAUCUUUCCAGGAUCCAUGGGCUCUUUGAGAGAUGAUCAGAGGGAGGCCAGAUGAUCUGCACAACACGCACGCCACUGUUUCUCAUCCGCAAAGGCAGCAUCGGAGCGUUCUCCCCAGCCCCGCGCCCCCCGGCUUGCCUGAUCGUUUCCGGAUGUUUCGCAGCUGUGAGUGGGAGGUCCUGGAGCGAUCCCUCAAUAUCCUCCAGGCCAGCGACUUCUACUGGGGCCCCUUGUCUGUGGGAGAGGCUCACGCCAAGCUCCAGCAGGAGCCUGUUGGCACCUACUUGGUGCGGGACAGCUCACAGGGGAACUGCUUGUUUAGCCUGAGCGUGCGGAUGCCAACGGGGCCUGUCAGCCUUCGGAUCUCUUUCCAGGAGGGUUAUUUCCGCCUGAAGAACUGGUUUUCAGACUGCGUGGUCCGGCUGCUGGAGCUGGUGGUGGCAGGGACCCGGAACAACCCCUUGCACUUUGAUGAGAUGGGGGGAACCCCCCUGGUCUUCUCCGAGCCCCUGUGCCGGAGCCGCCGGGCAGUGCCCACCCUGCGAGAACUGUGCUGCCGGAGCCUACCUGCUGGUGCCACGACGGGGGAUGGAGCAGGGCUGGGGGGCUCCUCGGGGAUGCGCCCAAGGGAGGAGGUGUUCUCACCCCUGGGUGGAAGGGGAGGGUUGGAGGGGAGCAUCGUCCCCAGCCCCUCUCCGUCCUGGGCUGGGAGAUGAUGCUGUGCGCAUGGGAGACAGAGGUGUCUGUUACGUGGCUGUGCUGGUGGGGUGCAUGCCAUGCCAGUGGGGCUGGACUGGCUGCUGGGAGAGGAAGGGGAGGACAGGGGGAGCAGGGGUUGAACCCGCUGGCUGUGACAGCCACAUCCUCAUACGUGCCCAGUGUGUGUGGCCUUCCCCAGAGAUGCCUGGGGUAAAGCCAACCUGAAGAGCAGAGAUUUCUGCCCCACCUCAAGUCGUGCUCUUUUCUCCAUUUAUAACUUAUAAGCUUGAGGAGAAGGUGAGUUGCCUGUCCUCCCAGGUCAGCCCUGUGUUUUCCUCUAUCCUAAAGUGCCUAAGCUCACUUACACUGCUACAAAUCUGCCCUUGUGAAGUGGUAUGGCUGAGCACAGUGCCACAGCAGUGUAUCUUGGGCAUCAGUGGGCACAACCCCUGUGCCGUCUGGAUACCCAUGUAGCCACAGUGGAGCAACGGCACAUUUUGCUCUUUGCAGCGCAGAUGUGAUGCCUGCCACUUCAGAGGCCAACAUUUGCACAAGAGGGAAACCAUUGCAGCCAUGUAUGAUACGUGCAGCUUCACUGGCUUUUGCGUUGCUUUAUUUGAACAGAUUUUUGGGAGUGCAGAUGAGUUACGUUAUACUAAGAGCAUGGUAUUCCUGCAGAAGUAACCCUGGUCUGGAAAGCUGGGGCUGCCCUGGGAGAGUGUGAACAGAUGGGAUCCAGCUCCCUUUCUUAUGCUCAUCUGAUAGUAUGCUGCUGCCACCUACAGAGCAUAAAAGGACAUUUUGGUUUUGCCUCAAAAAAGGCAAAUAAUUUUUUAUAUAAGACUUUUAAAAAAUUUAAUAAACAUGUUUUUAUACUUA